AUGGCCCCCCACGCAAACGGCGGCACCCCUCAGUCCAAUGGCGGAGUGGAGUCGAGAUACCACGCCUCUUCCACCCAGGCCGCCAUCAAGUCCGAGGAGGAGCUCGCUGCCCACAACUACCACCCGCUGCCUGUCGUCUUUUCCAAGGCGAGCGGCGUUCACGUCUGGGAUCCCGAGGGCAAGCAGUACCUCGAUUUCCUCUCCGCCUACAGCGCCGUCAACCAAGGCCACUGCCACCCCGAGCUCGUCAAGGCCUUGACUGAGCAGGCCAGCAGAUUGACUCUCAGCUCGAGAGCCUUCUACAACGAUGUCUUCCCCAAGUGGGCCGAGAAGAUCCAGCAGGUCUUUGGCUAUGACAUGGUUUUGCCCAUGAACACAGGCGCCGAAGCCGUCGAGACCGCAAUCAAGAUUGCCCGCAAGUGGGCGUACAAGGUCAAGGGCGUUGAGCAGGGCAAGGCUCUGGUCUUCUCCGUCAACGACAACUUCCACGGCCGAACUAUGACUGCCAUCUCUCUGUCAGUCGACCCCGAAUCGAGAGACAACUACGGCCCCUAUGUUCCCAACAUUGGCGCCCUGAACCCUUCCACGGGCAAGGCCAUUCGCUACAACAACGUCGAGGAUAUCGAGGCGGUGUUCGAGGCGCACGGCAAGGACACUGCUGCCAUCAUCAUCGAGCCGAUCCAGGGCGAGGCCGGUGUCGUGGUCCCCGACGACGACUACCUGAAGAGAGUGAACGAUCUUUGCAAGAAGCACAACGUCCUCUUCAUCUGCGACGAGAUCCAGACCGGUAUCGGCCGCACUGGACGCAUGUUGUGCUCCCAGUGGGCCGGCAUCAAGCCUGACAUGAUCACCCUGGGCAAGGCCAUCUCUGGCGGUCUGUACCCCGUCAGCUGCGUCCUGUCGAGCAAGGAGAUUAUGCUCGUCGUUGAGCCCGGCACCCACGGUUCCACCUACGGCGGUAACCCCCUGGGAUGCGCCGUGUCCAUCCGCGCGUUGGAGAUCAUGGAGGAGGAAGAUCUGACUGCCAAGGCUGAGAAGCUGGGCAACAUCUUCCGCGAGGGCAUCAGAGCCUUCAACUCGCCCAUUGUCGAGCUGGUGCGCGGAAAGGGUCUCCUCAACGCCGUCGUCAUUGACGAGUCGGCUACGGAUGGCCGCACGGCCUGGGAUCUGUGCCUGUUGUUGAAGGAGAAGGGUCUCUUGGCCAAGCCUACACACGGCAACAUCAUCCGCUUCGCUCCUCCUUUGGUCAUCACCGAGACCGAGCUUCGCAAGGCUAUCAACAUCAUCGGCGAGGCGCUCAAGGAGCUCCCGACUGUCGAGAAGGCUGCGCACCACUAA